GCCAUCUGUCAAAGUCCAUCAGUGCCAGCUGUCAUUGUCAAUCAGUGCCACGUACCAGUGCCUAGCAGUGCCACAUCAAUGCCACAUAUCAGUGCAUACCAGUGCACAUCAAUGCCACAUAUCAGUGCCCAUCUGAGCUGCCUUUCAGUGUCAUCCAUCAGUGCCAGUCAGUGCCACCUAUCAAUGCUAAUCAGUGCCACCUAUCAGUGCCAUGCCACCUACCAGUGCCUCCUCAUCAGUGCCCAUCAGUGCCACCUAUCAGUGCCCAUCACUGCAGCCUCAUUAGGGCACUUCAGUGAAGGAGAAAAUCACUUAUUUACAAAACUUAUA